AAUCUGGCGUUAUUAUGAACCGUAGUGGUUCGGUUACCUAGUUGCCUUGUUCGUCCAAAUAUAAACACACUUUGUAUUAUGAUCAGUUCACUAUUACUAUGAAUAAGUCAGAAAAAGUAUUUAUCUUUAGUGGUCGACGUAAGUAACCAAGGGGAAUGUCAGUCUUCAGUGUGAACGUAACCAAGGGGAAUGUCGAUUUUAACCCCGAAGCAUCGAGAUAAUUCAGUGUUGAUGAUAAAAGCCUAUGUGGGCUUUAACAGUGAAAUCAGUAAGUCUAUGGACCUGCACUUGGCGGUGAAUUCCAGAAAACAAUGCUCCAAGUAUAAGUAUUUUGGUCUUAAGACAAAUUAGUUUUCGAAAAUUCCGAGAUUAUUCUGGAUGAUAAGUCCAUCAAAUAAAUUACAGGGGAAGACAUGUCUGUAUCAGUAUUCACAAUUCAUAGUACCAAUCCUACAUUGAACGUAUCUAAAAACACUAAUAUCCUUGUGUUGGCGGAAAACUACUGUAAUUUUUGACUUUACAUCACAUAACACUGAAUUAAGCUACUUAUAACGACAAAAUAAUGUUCAAACGUAGGCUUAUGUUCUCUAGACGAUUAAAUUUCAGUCUAAAAUUUUAUUACUAGCUGUACUUGAGGACAAAUCAAAGCUUGUGUAACUAACUUAAACCUUUUUAGACUAGGGGCUGAAGCUGCUAAAAUUUUUACCGGUCAAAAAUCCUCUUCCUCGAAUAAUUUUUACAUUUUGUUAACUCGAAUCACCACAAUAUAUGAGGAACUUUUCUUUGUCCGUGAAAACAUGGUUAACCCUCACCGUCCCAUUAAAUGUUAACAAUCUCCAUAUUCAACUAAGAACUUGUAUUAUUUCCUCGCCUCCUUGUAUUUGUCCUCAGUGUGCUUUAUUGCCGUCAUUUAAAUUCACGAUCAUUUCAUCACACAACUUAGCAAAGUCAAAGUAUAAUUGAAUCGACAGACUUACAUGUUGAAAAUAAGAAUGUUAGACUUUGGAAGAUAUCCUAAUUAUCAACAUUUACACCGAAGUUCACUGUAUUUGAUUUAUUCCAAAACAUUCGCUUUUUCUAUUUUAGGUUAGUCUUCUACGUGUAGUCAGAAAUACUGUUGUCACUUGGUUCCCCUGUCCAAUUAACAUUCCCCUUACCGAUUCACUUGUUGGACGCAUUUUUUUCUGUGUUCAUAUGGAGAAGGAACAUCGUGACGUCAUUAGGAAGCUGCGCGUCUUUCUUGUGAAAAAUAUUUCAAACCUUGAAGAGAUCCUCGAUAUACUGGAAUCCGCACUAAUUAUUACUGAAAAUCAACGCCAUUCAAUACUUUCUGGAGUAACAUUAGCUGAAAAGAUACGUAGAUUCUUAGAUGUUAUAGUCAGAUGUGGCCCAUUAGCAUAUGACAGAUUUAAGCAAGCUCUUCUGGAAACCAACCAAAAGAGUAUAUAUGAUCUUUUAAACGAAACAGAGGAACUAAAAGUUUUAACUGCUCAUGGUAUGUCAUCAGAAUGCUUAUCUGAUAAAAAAGACGAAUCCAUCAUGAUUCCAGAUAGAGUUAGCUCACAUCCGUUGACACCCUACACGGUAACUUCGUUUCCGCGUGGUUACGUUCUCAUAAUAAAUAUAGAAGAUUACAAUUGUGAAUCCGGAGUACCUAAUCGCCAUGGUUCGUCACAUGAUGCAUCUAAACUCCAAAUUCUUUUUGAAGACUUUAUGUAUAGUGUUGCUGUCAUUAAAAAUCUAGAGGGUGAGAAACUUAAAAAAGUAGUGCGAGAAUUCGCCUGCAAACCAGAGCAUAGUAACGUACAUGCGGCUGUCCUUAUUAUUUUAGCACAUGGGUUAGAACAUCAUAUUAUAGCAAGUGACGGUACCCAUGUUAGCAUUGACGAACUGGUUGGUUGUUUUACUAACAAAAGAUGUCCUCUCCUAGCUGGAAAACCUAAGCUCAUACUUAUACAAGCCUGCAGAGGUGAAGAACGUAAUCAUAAUGGUCUUGUAAAGCGUGAUUUUCAAGAUUCUUUACUAUCAAACUCUUGUGAAGUUUCAUUAGAUCCCAGCUCAUGGUUGUCGCUGCCACAUAUGAGUGACUGUGUAAUUGUGUAUUCUACCUUACCUGGAUUUGUUUCUUGGCGGUCUGAAAUAGAAGGGAGUUGGUAUGUGAAGGUGUUCGUCGAAGUAACAAGGCUGCAUGGACACAGGCUUCACAUUCUUGAGCUGUUAACAGAAGUCAAUAAUAGGCUUGUGUCAGAGGCAUCAAACUAUGGCAUCAAACAAAUAUCACAACCAGUAACAACACUCACUAAGCCCUACUAUUUGUCCACUCUGAAAACUUGAAAAAAUUUUGUAUCCAGAAAUAUAGUAAUCUACUUUCACCCCAUUGCUACUAGCUUUAUUCUCUGCGGAAGUUGUGGGAUAAGAUCGAUGAUUGUGAUUAAACGUAAAGAUUAUUUUUACGAUUACCAAUGCAUGUGCAUUCGAAAUCUUUCUUAACAAAUAAAUGUUUUCCCCUAGCAUAUUUUGGAUCCACCCAUUUUCGCUUACGUUGUGAAGGCGUGUAUGCUCAAUAGUUUACGGUACCAUUAACCAGGACAGCUAGAUAUUCCCAUUACAACUCAGUAAAACAUAACUGUGUAGUUUGUCGGUCGGCGCUUGCGAGUGACGGUUAGCAUGCUGUUCAAAUACUUUCGCCGACGUGAAAUUGCCCUACACAGUAGGUAAAUCGAACUUGAAUCUCUG